GAAGAAGAAGAAGAAGUAGGAGGAACGUUCGCUUCCGUCUAAAUUUUAUGAAUGAUUGCUACUUCCUUGUACAGCUUGCUAACGAGUAAUAAUUCCACCUGAAUAAUAGAGUUGGUAUUUGACGGCUUUUGUUUACAUAAAGCCGGUUUCAAAUGGAUUAUACUGCAGCUCAAAGUGGGUUCAGACAGCGUAAGUUACAGCCUAAUAUGCGCCUAAGGAACAGUUCUGUAGAUGGUUCAGAUGGCAGCCAGCUUUUUGAGGAUACAAGUGGAAUUGGACCUGGAUCACAGGGAGGCUACAGGAACCAGCCAGCUGACCCUCAAGCAGCAGGAUUUUCUGGUCAGUCCCUCCUGUCAGAUCCCAUGUCCAAUCUGGCCAUGGCAUAUGGCAGCUCACUGGCAUCCCAGGGAAGAGAAAUGAUGGACAAAAAUUUGGACAGGUUCAUCCCAAUUUCUAAGCUGAAAUACUACUUUGCUGUGGACACGGUGUACGUUGGGAAGAAGCUUGGCCUUCUGGUUUUUCCUUACAUGCACGAAAAUUGGGAGGUGAGCUACCAGCAGGACACACCUGUGGCUCCACGCUUUGAUGUGAAUGCUCCUGAUCUUUAUAUCCCUGCUAUGGGCUUCAUCACAUACAUCCUGGUGGCUGGACUGGCUCUCGGCACACAGAACAGGUUUUCUCCAGAGCUGCUGGGAGUUCAAGCCAGUUCAGCAUUGGUGUGGUUGAUCAUGGAAGUCCUGGCAGUCCUGCUGUCACUUUACCUCGUCACUGUAAAUACAGACCUCACUACCAUAGACCUCCUAGCUUUUUCUGGAUACAAAUAUGUUGGGAUGAUUGUAGGCAUAGUAGCAGGACUUUUGUUUGGCAGGCCUGCAUAUUAUCUUUCUCUACUGUGGUGCUGUGCCGCCAUCUUUGUCUUUAUGAUCCGAACCCUGCGUCUGAAGUUGUUAUCUGAGGCUGCGGCUGAGGGACGGGUGGUUAGAGGAGCCAGAAACCAGCUCAGGAUGUACCUCACCAUGUCCAUAGCAGCAGCACAGCCCAUCUUCAUGUACUGGCUUACCUAUCAUCUCAUCAGAUAAAAGCUACAGCACAGAGGUGCACAUCCAUUUUUGUGAUGAAAAACUUGGCUUUCCGAAUGGCGUCUCAUCCCUUAUCUUACACACAUAUCAAAGGAGCUGAACUUGGAGGAAAUAAAGCAACAUAUUGACAGGAUUACAAGACUCGUGGAGCAGAACACAACAUGCUACAAGAUGAUAAAGAUGUGAGGCGUAACAGCCUUUUUUAUCAGCACAGUCAGAUUGUUAGUAUUGCCUUUUAUGUUUAUUUGUAUGUACUUUCUUCAAAGUUUGUAGCAAGAACAAAUGGCUUUAUACUCUUUAUUUCUAUACUCUUUAAUUAUUUGUUAAUUGUUGUCUUUAGGAAUAUUUUUUUUAUGUUUGUGGAUAUCUGAAGUAUUAUUGUAGGUGGCGCUUUGGUUUGCUUGUCAUCAGUAAUAAUCAAACCAAAGCGCAACAAAAAGCACACACACCUCAUACACACCGUCCAUUUCUUCUGUUGGUUGUUUGAGAAAUGACUGGUACUGUGGAAAGAUACUUCUGUCACAAACAGAAUCUGGAAAGAAGGUUUAUGUAUCUGGUCUGAGUGUAAGACCCAUUUUAAAUGUUGAAUCUUUUGUGAUUUGUUACGUACGUGCGCUUUGCUGACUGAAACCUCUUGAAUAGAGAUUAACUGUAAAGAGUAGUGACAUUGCAAUGCAGCCUUCAUGAACAUAAGUUUUGAUUUCCCUUUAAAUCUUUAUUUACUGCUUUUCAAAUUGAAAGAAAGAUGGAAUAAGAAAGGCGAAAAUGAGACGUUUGUUCUGCAGAAACUGUCUUCGGAAAACUUGAAAUACUGUAUUUUAAUGUCAGAAUCAUCUCCUUGAGCUUGUGGUUUUGUGCCAUUAUCAAACUGUCUCCUUUCUGUGUUGCAAAUAUUAAGAUUUUGACCCAGAUAUUUCACACUGACUGAAAUUAUUUCUGGAAAAUAAACAAAUAAAAUGCAGUUUUACAUUUUUAUUAGUUGGAAAAGCUUAAAACCUGGUGUCUGUUAACUGAGUUGCAUAAACUAGGAAGCAUCUUUUUAAGGACUGUGUACAUGUAGCAGGUAAUUAAGCACUUCAACAUUAGUCAUGAGUUGAUCUCAGCCUGGAUGUCAAAGUGACCUGAUAGCACAAAUGAAGCUGAUGAAAAGAAGCCACUGAAAUGUGACUGAUGAAUAAAACCUGACUGAUGAAGCUGGGAGAUGUUUUGUUUUGUGCUAGUUCCCCAAGAUGUUUUUUAAUGUCAAAUGUUUGCAGCUAAUUUCCAACAAAAAUGAUUAAUCAGCCAUACAAAGUACAAAACUUUUGACAAUGACAAGUAAAUUUUAACUUUAAAAAGAAAAAAUACUAACAAUGACAACAGUGUAUCAAGUUGGAAUUUUAUUUUCAGAGAUCUGUGAUAUAAAGUAUUCAGAGCAUCA